AUGUUUACAAAGAGUCUGCAACGAGCAAUUCUUUCUGCUUCGAGUUCCAGCCUUCAAGAGCAGAAUGUGCAAUUUUCUUUUUGGAGGCAAAAUGUCUCCAUUUUUGCUGCACAGACGUCUUCUUUCUUCUUCUUCUCCUUCCUCCUCUUCUACGAAAAACUACUAUAACAAAUGGAACAUCAAGCAAGUCAGUAAGUCCAACUUCAGCGACUCCCUCGAAGAAAUUAGGUCCCACAUUUAUUCUUCCGACUUCGUCGCCGUUUUCCUCCAGAACACCGGCUCCUCCUCUGCCUCGUGGCACCGCGUUUCCCCUUUCGACACCCCCUACACAGCUUACCUGAAAGCCAAGUACGCCGCGGACCGCUUCCAGAUCCUCCAGUUCGCUGUCUGCCCCUUCUCCGUUCGGGAAUCCAAACUCACCGCUUAUCCGUAUAAUUUUCAUUUAUUUCCAAGGGAUGAAUUGAAGUUAGGGAUGCCGUCUUAUAGCUUUUCAUGUCAAGCCUCGUACUUGACGGCCAUGGCUAGGGAAGGCUUUGAUUUUAAUACCUGCAUCUAUGAUGGAAUAUCAUACUUAUCUAGAGUGCAGGAGUCUGCGGCAAAAUCUCGUUUAGGAAAUCCAAUUCCCAUUAGUACAGUGAUGAAAUCUUCUCCUUCUCCUAGUGUUGCUGAUUCACUUUUCAUGCAAAGGAUCAAAUUACGCGUUCAGCAUUGGAAAAAAGCUUGUACAGACUCCAGAAUGAAGACAGAUGAGGCUCUUGUCAAAUCUUUGAAUCUUGUCUUGGGAAUUGAGGAGUAUGGAUCAAGGCCGUGCAUGACUAUUGAUGUUUGCAGUGAGAAUCAAGUGCAACUUGCUUUAGAGAUUUUGUCAGAGUUCUCUGAUGACCUUGUUCCUUUAUUAAUCCCUUCCAAAGGCGGAGGAACCCAGGCAGUCCGUGUUGUUUUGACAAGUUCAAAGGAGGACAGGAAUCUUUUUGAGAAGGAGCUUCAGAAUCUUGACGUUGAACAAAAUAAAAGAGUCCGUGGUUUUCGAGAGGUGAUCGAUUUGAUUUCUGCUUCACAGAAACCUGUUGUCUCCCUCAAUUCCCUUAAUGACUUUACUUUUAUUUAUUCCAAAUUCGUUGCUCCCCUACCUCUGAGCAUGGAUGAAUUUGUCAGUUCGCUGCAAUCAGUUUUUCCACACAUAAUUGAUGUCAACCAGAUGAUGAAAGAAAUUAAUCCUCUAAAAAAAGUGAAAAAUAUAUCUACAGCCAUGUCAUACCUGAAGAAUCGAUUCUCUGCAGCAGUUGAUAUGGAAAUUCGAAGCCAAGCUACAGUGAAUGAAGGGAAGAUUCAUGGGCAUAACGUGGUACUGAUAUGUCAGUUCUUCACAAAACUAUGCUUCCUAUUGAAAAUCACUCCAAAUUCUGUCCAGGCGAGUGCUGAAUGUAUGAAAGAGUAUGCCAAAGUAUUUAAUCUAUGCCUUACGAGUUCAGAGGAGUUACUUGAUGAUCGAGAUGUCAAAGUCUGGACUAGCAACACCAGGAAAGUGAGCUGUGAAAAUCUAGUUUUCCUAUGGGGAUUUAGGAGUGGGAUAUCAGCUGGAAUGCUGAAGAGCCUGCUUCAAGGUUCCCAUGAAGUCUUCUCAAAUGAAUUUGAUGUUCGCUUAGUGGAUAAGAGCUGUGCCAUUGUAGUUUUCUGGCAAUCUAUUUUGUCUGAAACCUUGUUGCAUUUACUUAACAGUGAAGAACUUAGUGGAUUUCUAAGAGAGAUGGUUGCAGAUGGGCUGAGAGGCAGUUAUGAAACUUACCAGAGAGCCUGUGAAUUGAGUUUAUUCGGAGCAGAUUUAGCAGAUUCAUUGGACAAAACCUUGGAAGACCCCCCAGACUGCUUCUUCGAGAAAAAUCCUGAAAUGAGCCAUCAGAGUUUUGUUGGUGCAGUGAGUCAGUGAUUAACCUGAUGACCUUUGAGUUUAGUUUAUAUCUGUAGUUAGUGGUAAUCUGCCAAACAUUAAGGUGAUGGUAACCCGGGAAAUAGUGGUAGCAAUUAUGAAACAGAAGUUAGUGCUGAUGUUAUAAUGGUUCUCAAUUUAUUUAUAUUCAUCGGAUUCUUAUAUUUUUUCUCAUUUUUAUAUUAUUCAAGUCCUGGUGCUAUUUUUCGGAA